AUCUCUCGGUGUUGGUUUCCUUCAACUCGUUUCUGUUUCUACUCGAUUAGCAACAGAUCCAAGCUCGAGUCUGGAAUUAACAUGGCUUAAUCAUGUUAGGAGAAGCAGUACGGCAUGGAGGAGCUGCAGCAAAUGCUACCGGAGAUGGCACAGGAUUUUGGCUCACCUUCUUGGCCUUGUUGGUCUGCUGAUAGAGGAAUCCUCGCGAGCUUCGAAGUGGUUUGCAGACGACAUGGCAAGGGCGGGAGAACAUGAGCUCGUUGUCUCCCUCUGCAUCUUUUGUCGUCGGCUGCAACAGAUCGAAUGGCACCGCUCCACGCAUCCGUCGCCCCCCGCCCAUUACACCUCCUCCCCCGGUGGUGCCGUGUUAUCCCUCCAUGGCUUGGCUCCUCAUGAAACCUCCACCAGCUGUAAAAUACCAUCUCCACCAACACUUCUGUCCGCUGCCUGAGAGCUCCCAAAAAGCACCCAGCCGUUACAGAACGGCAGCUCCUUGUUUCCUUGCCCCAUUCCACCGCUUUGACCUAGUGGGGUUUGCCUUAUCUUGGUCCAUCCCCGGCCAAUUUAGUCGCUCCACAAAACCAAACCCCUCUUCCCCUCCUCCCCCUCCAUUCGAUGCUGCCAUCCGCGCGCUCCGUCGCUUUCUUCGCCGUGCUCCUGCCAGGGUUGCUCGUCUCCGGCGUGUUGACGCCCGUGGCGCUUGAUCCGUCGGCGGAGAGCGAAUCUUGGGGGACCGCAGCUGCCGCCGCUGCUUCUGCUUCCCCUCUUCUUUCUCCUCCUACUCCUUGGCUUUCUCUUCCUGCUCCGCCUACUAGCGAGAUCUUCCAGGAAAAAAAAUGGACCGACCGGCCAUUGUCGGGGGAUUUGGUACCGGUCGAGGAGUCUCCUCCUUUUGUCCCGGAUCCCAAAUCGGCGUUGCUAUUGAGUUCGGCUGAAAGCUUAGUAGAGGCUAGCUGCUGUAACAAUGACAAUUUGCUAGCUGUGAUAGGCGUUCUUUUAAGCACGUCGACUUGUGCGAAUAUGUGUUUCAAAGUAGCAGUAGCUUGAUUAUGGUAAUUCCUGGAAUUCUCAUGUGGCUCGAUGAAACAUUUUGCACCCACUAAGAACCAUUGGCUUUCUGAUAUUUUCUAUAUUAGCUUAUGGAAACAGUUGUUAGAUGAAUGCAUAGGUAUACCUUCAAGUGGGUGAAACUAAUACUAGGUGUUUUCAAGUUUUGUUAGUGCAAGUAAUUUUGGAUCUAUGAGCAAGCUUAUGAAUGCGAAUCAGCCAGUAAGUGUUCCUUAGGAAUUGUCACAAAUUCCGUUAUGGAUCAUGACAAGAUAGUGGAGAGACUAAACGAUGAACAUAUUUCUUUAGUUGGAUCACGAGGCUUGCCUACUUCCCCAAAUGGAUCUCCACUGGGAAAUUGCAUUUUUGAUAGGCCAAAAUUUCCUACGGCAUAUUCUAGUUAUGUAAACUCAAGACAGAGACCCAGAGGUCCGAUCAACUGGCUUUAUCACGAACAUGAGAGUUCUAAUACAUCACGGAACUCAUUGGAUGAUUCAAAUACUUAUUCAAUCGACAGACAUUCUCAUGUUCAGCAAGGCCAUGGCUUGUCAACGCAAUCUAUUUAUGGUCAUAGUUGGCUAUUUAUUCUCUCUGUGCCUAUAUUUGCAUUUUGCUAUUUUGGGUUGAGAAAGCUGUUCAAGAAUGAUAAAAAUAUAAUGAUUUGA